CACCACAAACCAGUGGUCCCUGAUCGCCCCAAUGAGCAGCAGGAGAAGCGGAGUUGGGGUGAUGGCGUACGGGAACCAGGUGUACGCGGUUGGAGGGUUUGAUGGGAACAGCCGGCUCCAGAGCGUGGAAGCGUACAACCCUAUCGCCAACGCCUGGCACGCCGUGCCCUCCAUGCUAAACCCACGCAGCAACUUUGGCAUUGAGGUGAUGGACGGCCUGUUGUUCGUGGUCGGGGGCUUUAAUGGGUUCAGCACCACCGUUGCCACCGAGUGCUACGAGGAGGACACAAACGAGUGGUACGACGCCCACAGCAUGGGCAUCACCCGCAGUGCUGUCAGCUGCUGCGUGGUGCCAGGGCUGUCCAACGUCAUGGAAUACAUCGCCAGGCAACACUACUACCAGCACAGCUCCUCCAUGGACAUCUUGUUCACCAGUUCAACUCGGAGCUCGCCGUUGUAAAUAGUUCCCCUUAGCUAGGAGUCUUGUGAUCAGCCAUCAUUGGAUGCUUGUGUAAAUAGUUCUGCGUAUCUAAUAAAGUCUUCUGAGCAUCCCAUCAUUGGAUGCCUGUGUAAAUAGUUCUCUUCAGGUAAUAAAGUCCCCAUGGCAGCAA